ACUAGGCAGGCAAUGGGUAACAAAUGACCAAAACAAGUGAUGGCUCCCUCUCGCGUUAAUGUCAUUAACGUAUUGUGUCUGAUUAAAGUCACUACUGAAAUUUACUUCUGCAAAAAGAACCUAUUCUUGCUAAACAAGCACCGUCGUUCUAGCCGUGAAGAUGUCUAAGCGCACCGCCCUUUUCUUGGCAUCUCCUCAACCAAUGCACCCCUAGCUGCCUGCCUGACUGCCUAACAAGAUCCCUUUUGGUACAAAGUUAAAGUCAUGGAUGAUCAAACUACAAAGCAGUACACCUACAAUUUUACAAUCUCAGACACAACAAAACUAAUUGAACUCCGCACAGAACAUGAUGCCCUGUUUGAUGGCAAGAAAAAUGGUGCUAAAGCAGCCUGGAGUUUAAUAUUAAAGGAGAUGGGCCUGGAGGGAGUUGUUACUACUGAACAGCUGUCUAAAAAAUGGGACAAUAUGAAAAGGAAAUAUAAGGAACUGAAGUGUCCUGGUCCUGGCAUGGAAAAGGAGGCAGCAAAAGGGAUGGUCACUUGGCACUGGUUCAGUAUGCUGGAUAAGACCCUUGGGGAUAAGUUUCCCUUACCUUCCGUGGCCAUGACGACAGAGGACAGCUGUGCCAGCCUUUCCACCAAGAGAGUGUGCCUUGUGCAACUGGGGACUGAUGUCCUAAAGCUGCUCCCAAACACACCACUGCCAGAGAACACUGAGACUGCUAGUGAGCACUCUGAAAGCGGACCUGGCAUGCACCUGGGGGUGGAGAUCGCUAGCCUGAGGAGGGAGCGUCUGGGCAUGGAGCGGGAUCAGGCAGAGGUGGAGAUCGCUAGCCUGAGGAGGGAGCGUCUGGGCAUGGAGCGGGAUCAGGCAGAGGUGGAGAGGGAGCGUCUGCUGCUGGAGAGAGAGCGGAAACUCUUGGAGAGGGAGAGAGCAGCCAUGGAGAGAGACCGAACCCAGCUGAGAAGGGACUGGGCCACCGUGGAACGAGACCGAACAGCUGUGCAGCGGGACAAGGUAAGACUCGAGAAGGACCUGGCGUCGCUAGAACGGGACAAAGUGGCCGUCGCAAGGGAGAGGGAACAGUUAAGUAAAGACCAUGAGAACAAUAUCGCCCACUCUGAGGCUAACGCAUCCACUCUUGAGGACAGGCAGAAAUUGAGGUCUCUAUUUGAGAAACUCAUUGAGAAAUUUUAAACUCACAUAUACUGUACCAAAAACAAUGAUGGAAGUUGAGAAUAAUUUCCGCUGAAGACGUCCACACUUUACACCUGACACUGAACAUUAAACGUAUUCACAGUACAUCGCUUCAGGUAUUGGCACAUUAUCCUUCAAUUGAACAACACAUCUGCUGUUUUUUUCUGUGAGCCUCAUUGUGUGUGAUGUCAUUAUAGCCAGUCACAAUAUGAGCAACUGUGUUUUGACGGACCAAAGUGCAGGAAACACUCAUUUUAAUUUUACUUCAAAGUAAAAUUAAGGGAAAAGUUCAAGUUCAAAAGAUUAACAAUAGAUAAGGUUUACAAGUCUGUAUUGUUAACUCCUGACUUUUUGAACUGUUGGGACUUUUUCAUUCCUUCAUACCUCAGCUGGCCUUUGGUGGCCAAGGCUUCUUGUUUUUGUAUGAUGAGCUUCCUAAUGGUCAUAAACAACAUGCUUUUGGAAGUUACACUGUUCAGUGAGUUUGCUAUUACGUUUGCAAGGUUAAGCUGCAUAUAGUGGUUAAGUGCAAAAAUUGUUUUCUAGAAACUACCUUAUGUUAAGUGAUUUAAUUCAGCCAUGAAAGUGGCUUCUGGGGAGCCACUGGGGGUCUGCGAACAGGGUUUUUGUGAAAUAAUUUUAUAUAAAUUAUACAAGUUGUGCUGCAUCAUUUGAAUAAAUAAACAAGCAGAUGGUGUCUCUUG